AUGAUCGAAACAACUAAGCAGUGGGUAAUUGAGAAUGGGGAUAAUGGCUUCGAGGGCCUGGUCUACCGGGAGGCCAAGAUCCCUCGGGUGGGAGAGAACGAUGUGCUGGUGAAGCUUCACGCAGUUUCGCUAAACUAUCGUGACUUGAUCAUUCCCAAGGGGAUGUACCCAUUACCGCAUCAACUCCCCGUUGUCCCUGCAUCCGAUGGUGCCGGUGAAGUCAUCGAGGUCGGAUCCAAAGUGACCGAAUUCAAGAAGGGUGAUCAAGUGACCACGCUUUUUAACCAAGGCCAUCAGUACGGUCCAAUCGAUAUUCCAGGCACACACACAGGGCUGGGUGGUGUGAUCGACGGUGCGCUCCGCGAAUACGGUGUGUUCGCCGAAAAGGGUCUCGUUAAGGCGGCGAAGAAUCUCUCAGCGAUUGAAAACAGUACACUUCCCUGUGCGGCUUUGACCAGUUGGAAUGCCCUAUAUGGCCUCAAGCCUUUGAAACCCGGUCAAUAUGUCUUGGUGCAAGGCACAGGCGGUGUCAGCAUGUUCGGAUUGCAGUUUGCUAAAGCGGCAGGUGCGACCGUGAUCGCGACCACAUCUUCCGCGCAAAAGGCCGAGAAGUUGAAGCAGCUGGGUGCGGACUACGUGAUCAACUACAAGGAAGAUGAGAACUGGGGCGAGACCGCUAAGAAAUUGACGCCAGAUGGUGCUGGUGUAGAUCACAUCCUUGAGGUUGGUGGUGCGGGAACCUUGAAGCAGAGCUUUAAGGCCAUCAAGUAUGAGGGUGUGAUCAGUGUGAUUGGAUUCCUUGGUGGUGCCGACCCGAAGACGCAGCCUAGUAUCGUGGACACCUUGGUAAACAUUUGCACCGUCCGUGGUGUUUAUGUUGGGAGCAAGCAGUUGAUGAGAGAUAUGAUUCGUGCCAUUGAGGCCAAUGACAUUCACCCCGUUGUGGAUGAGAAGAUUUUCACCCUUGAUCAGACUCGGGAGGCAUACGACUACAUGUGGGCUCAAAAACACUUCGGAAAAUUGGCCAUCAAGAUCCACUAA